AAUAGUUUCAAAGUAUUUGCGAAUAAGAACGUUUGUUGACAGCUGUUUCGUUUCUCUUCCUUAUUUUACCUUGCACUGUUUAUACUCCAAAUAGAAAGACACGGAAGAUGUGGUUUGGGCAACCCUGUUUGAUAUUUGCGGUUAUUUUUGUUGAAGCGCGAGUGAUUGACAGAAGGCAAGACGAUCUCCAAUCUUUGAUUAAGCAACUUGAAGAUGAUGUGGAUGAACUUAUCAGUCAUCAGAAAGAAAUUAAAAAUUCAGAAGACCAGUCAAAUCCAGCAGGAGAAGUUGAAAUUAAUUUAGCACGGCAUAUAAAAACUGACAUUCUUGAACCAAAUGGUCAUAAAAGAGAUGUUGGUAAAGGCAAUGUCAAAAGAUGGCCAUCAGUAAAUGGUGUUGCAAACAUCCCGUACGUUUUCCAUAGCACAAUAACAUCCACAAAGAGAACAAAAAUUAUUCAGGCUAUCAACUACAUGAAUAGCUUAACACCAGUGAUACAAUGGAUACAGCGUACGAACGAAGCCGAUUUCAUAUCAUUUCAGUCACCAGAAAAUGCAGGAUGUGCAAGUUAUCUUGGCAAAAUUGGUGGGACUCAGGAAAUAUACAUUGGUGACGAAUGUGACAGUCAAGGUGUGACUGCUCACGAGAUGAUGCAUGCUCUUGGAUUUUAUCACGAGCAAUCACGACCUGACAGAGAUGAAUAUGUGGAAAUUCUCCAGGAUAAUAUAGCACCUGAUUUUAUAAGAAAUUUUGAUAAAAUGACCUGGAACGACGUUGUGCAGAUGAAUUCUCCUUACGACUAUGGUUCUGUUAUGCACUACAAGCUAAAUGAAUUCUCAAAGGACGGCAAGUUACCAACACUGAAAUUGAAGAAGUUUUACAAUGGAAAUGUUGGUCAAAGGAUAGGCCUGUCACUAGAAGAUGUUUCUCAAUUAAAGAAAUACUACGGUCAUCCAACAACAACCCUUCCAGAGACCGAACCGAACACGCCUUUUCCAGAGACAGAAGCAACAACACCUCUUCCAGAGACAGAAGCAACAACACCUCUUCCAGAGACAGAAGCGACCACGCCUUUUCCAGAGACAGAAGCGACCACGCCUUUUCCAGAGACAGAAGCAACAACACCUCUUCCAGAGACAGAAGCAACAACACCUCUUCCAGAGACAGAAGCAACAACACCUCUUCCAGAAACAGAAGCGACCACGCCUUUUCCAGAGACAGAAGCGACCACGCCUUUUCCAGAGACCGAACCGACCACAACUCUUUCAGUAACUUAUCAUCAAACAACAAGGAGCAGAAAAACGGGCAAGAAAACUGGUAAGAAUGGUUCAAAAAGUAAAAAGAAGUCACAUGGUAAGAAAGACGACAAGCUUCAAAAAUUGCUGAAUGAUGUUUUAACGAAAUUUCAAUCUCUUACCCGAAGUCUUGACACAACAGGAUACUUGCUGUAACAAAUGUAAGUUGUCGUACUUGAAUAUUAAUGAAGUUAG